AGCAGUUCAGUCCAUGCUUUGGAGUAGCCAUGACGAAAGGAGAGCGGUUCGCCUUGUUUCUUCUCGUAGCAGCGAUCGUUGCCGCGUCGACAGCCACUGGUUCAAACUCGUUCGGAAGGAUAGCAUCUGCUGCGAAAAAGGCGAAAACUAGAGCACAGAGCAUGUUGUACGGUAUUAAUCCCAGCAUAAAGAUCAAAACAGGAAUCCAAUUUAUCAGGUCGCCACGACUGAUGUGGAGUGAAAACAAUGCCUAUAUUGCAUUCAAGUAUGACAUCUCCUGUCAAAACACCAAGGUCCUGCUGAAAACUGUGAUCUUUUGCUACAAGGAUCUAGAAGGCAAGCGUUUGCAGAAAACAGGGACGAGACUAUCAGUCUUCAGGCUCCCAAAAAUGCAAGAAAAGAAAUGUUUCAGACAUACCUACAUCAGGUAUAAACGUGAUCAGUGUCAGACGUUUAGAAUUGAGAUCAUAAUCAAGGCAGUGGACAACGAUAUUAUUACAUUGAGCGACGUUGAGUUUGGAGGUCCCCAACUCUGCGACAGAGGCAAUCCGUAUCUCGUACCCAAAACUUUAAAAUGCGACUUUGAAAAGGACGACUGCGGAAUACGCACAGACUUCUGCAGUCUUCACGAAUGGACUAUACGAGAACGCAGCAAGGGUAAGUGUUCUCGUUGGCUGAGACGAGCUUCCAAAAAUGAUGAUGACGACGACGACGACCGUUCGCCCUUUGAAAUAAAGGGACUGCGUCUAGCGAGAAGAAACAUCAGUAGCACGUUCUGCUCCUACGAUCCGAUCUGCAUCCCUUGCUUUCAGCCUUCGGGCAUAUCCACUGGUCCGAUGCUUGAAGACCACGACGACGACAAAUCGGGGGCCCCCGAGGAAUGCAGAGACCGUCGAAUGUCUGGUAAUUCUCUCUUCCUCGAUCCUAGACCUCUGGGAGGCAGAGCCGCCGGGCCUACCAUAUUCGACUUUCCAAACGUACAGCACCACCCGGCAAACGCCUUCCUCUCGUUUGUCUACGAGAUGGGGCAAGAAGGGAAGCAUCAGCUGAUCAUCCGUGCAGUCUGCACCAGUCGAGACACCAGGGAUCUGAUACCGUUGGCGCCGUUGCGUUUGCAUUACAGGAUCGAUCAUUUCGAUCACCUGGGAAGAGGCGGAUUGAUAUGCCUCGACGUCCACAGAUAUGUUCACCGCAGCUACUGCUCGAAGUUUGCCAUGCAGUUUGUUGCAAUAGCCCUCACGACGCCUAUCAGUGUGGACGACAUUAGUUACGAAUUUCAACUUUCAGGCGCAAAUUGUAAUGCGGCUCACAAUGUGUAGAACUACAAACUGCCUUGACGUUCAAGUUAGAAAGAUUGCGCACUCGUCUGUUGUGAUUCUGUGCUAGUGAUCUUCGUUAUAUGUGCGGACUUGAUUCCAGGUAGAUAGUAUUGCAUCUCGUCUUUUUAUGGUACAGUGCGUACGAGCACGGGCACUUGUGGUGUAGCAGUAGCUGGUGGUGUUUAGAACUGCAACUUGAAAGCGUGUAUUGUAUUCUAUGAGUGGUCUAGAGCAGCUGCAUUGGUAUUACAUACAGUCUCCGAGCGUAA